AUGUCCCAGAACGUCGGUAUUACCCGACUUGCCUACUCGCGUGUCUGGCACCACGUCUCCGCCUCCACCCCCCACCCAACGCUCUCCACCAUCAAGUCCCCCCCCGAAGACGUGACCCCUCCACCCCUAGGCCGCCUGGCCUCACGCAUCGCCACCCUCCUGAUGGGCAAGCACAAGCCGAUCUGGGACCCCUCGACCGACUGCGGCGACUACGUGGUCGUCACCAACUGCGCCGCCCUGUACACGACGGGGCUGAAGAAGUGGCGCAAGAGCUACUACCGGCACAACACCCGCCCCGGCUCCCUGCGCCAGGUCACCAUGGACGUGCUGAUGGACAAGUUUGGCGGCGGCGAGAUCCUGCGCAAGGCCGUCAGCGGCAUGCUGCCCAAGAACAGGCUGCGCAAGAAGAGGCUGGCCCGCCUGAAGGCGUUUGAGGGCGAGGUCCACCCGUAUGAGGAGAACCUGGUGCGGUUCGGCGGGCGCAAGGUUGGCGAGGAAGGGUGGGAGGCGGUUGCGAGGAGGAUACGGGAGGCGGAUGUGGAGAGGAGGAUAUGA